CACGCGCACGCAGUCCAGCGCGAGCAGUAGAAGCGCACGGGCUGGCAGAGCGGUAAAACCAUUCUCACAGGCACACACACACACACACUCACAGGCGGCUGAUAUAAGAACACCUCCAGGUGUACACGAGCCAAACCAUGUCGAACUCCAGGAAAUUUUUCGAGAGCCUGACGGGGGCCGGGAAGUCCAUCGCUGUGCUGACCAGUGGCGGGGAUGCUCAAGGCAUGAAUGCGGCAGUACGAGCUGUAGUCCGGAUGGGAAUCUACGUUGGGGCCAAAGUCUAUUUCAUCCAUGAGGGCUACCAGGGGAUGGUGGACGGAGGAGACAACAUCCAAGAGGCAAACUGGGAGAGUGUGUCCAGCAUGCUGCAAGUGGGUGGCACUGUGAUUGGCAGUGCCCGCUGCGCUGAGUUCCGUGCCCGUGAGGGCCGCCUGCGGGCCGCCUGCCACCUGGUCCAGCGUGGCAUCACCAACCUGUGUGUGAUUGGAGGAGACGGCAGUCUGACCGGGGCCAACCUCUUCAGGGAGGAGUGGAGUGGCCUGCUGCAGGAGCUCGUCCAAUCAGGUCGUAUUGAUGAGAGGUCUGCAGAGUGUAAUUCUGUGCUUCAUAUAGUGGGGAUGGUGGGAUCGAUCGAUAACGACUUCUGUGGGACCGAUAUGACCAUCGGCACCGACUCCGCCCUACACCGCAUCAUAGAGGUGGUGGACGCCAUCAUGACCACCGCCCAGAGUCACCAGAGAACCUUUGUGCUGGAAGUGAUGGGAAGACACUGUGGGUAUCUGGCUCUAGUCAGUGCACUAGCGUGUGGAGCAGACUGGGUGUUUAUUCCUGAGAUGCCCCCCACAGACGGCUGGGAGGAACAGAUGUGUCAGAAACUAUCAGAGAAUCGCGCUGAUAAGAAAAGGCUAAACAUCAUCAUUGUAGCAGAAGGUGCGAUUAACUCAUCCAACAAGCCCAUCUCUGCCGGGUAUAUCAAAGACCUGGUGGUCAGAUGCUUGGGCUUGGACACGAGGGUCACCAUCCUGGGUCACGUUCAGAGAGGAGGAACCCCUUCAGCCUUCGACAGGAUUCUGGCCAGUCGUAUGGGGGUGGAGGCGGUGCUAGCUCUGUUGGAGGCGUGUCCUGGGACUCCGGCGUGUGUCGUGUCGCUGUGUGGAAACCAGGCCGUGAGGCUCCCGCUCAUGGAGUGUGUUCAGAUGACACAGGAAGUGCAGAAGGCCAUGGAUGAGAAGAGAUUUGAUGAUGCUGUGCGACUGCGAGGCAGGAGCUUUGAGAAUAACCUGAACACCUACAAACUGCUGAGUCAUCGCAAGGCUGACGCCGAGCUCCCUCAUGCUGAGGAGAAUGGCGGAGAGCAGGAAGAGGGCCCUCAUGAUGGCCCAUUCACGGUGGCGGUGCUGAACGUUGGCGCCCCGGCGGCGGGCAUGAAUGCAGCGGUUCGCUCGGCUGUCAGAGUGGGCAUCACUGAGGGGCAUCGCAUGAUGGCGGUCCACGACGGCUUUGAGGGCUUCGCCAAAGGACAGAUUAAGGAGAUGGGGUGGGGUGAUGUUGGCGGCUGGACCGGCCAAGGAGGAUCACUACUGGGGACCAAAAGGACUCUGCCAGCGAAGCACAUUGAUAAGAUAGCAGAACAGAUGAGGAUUCACGGCAUCAACGCCCUGCUGGUGAUUGGUGGAUUUGAGGCCUAUCUGGGACUGCAGGAGCUACUAGCAGCGCGGGGGUCACAUGACCCGCUCUGUGUUCCCAUGGUGAUGGUCCCGUCCACCGUGUCCAACAACAUCCCGGGCUCCGACCUUAGCAUCGGGGCCGACACAGCGCUCAACGCUAUCACAGGCACAUGCGACCGCAUCAAGCAGUCUGCGAGCGGGACGAAGAGGCGCGUCUUCAUCAUCGAGACGAUGGGCGGUUACUGUGGUUACCUGGCCAGUGUGGGGGGGCUAGCAGCGGGGGCCGACGCAGCCUACAUCUAUGAGGAGCCGUUCGACAUCAGGGACCUCCAGAGUAACGUGGAGCAUCUGAGGGAGAAGAUGAAGACCACCAUCCAGAGAGGACUAAUCCUCAGGAAUGAGAACUACAAUGACAGGAAUGAGAACAGUAGUGAGAACUACACCACCGACUUCAUCUACCAGCUUUACUCAGAAGAGGGGAAGGGAGUGUUUGACUGCAGGAAGAAUGUCCUGGGACACAUGCAACAGGGUGGAGCUCCCUCUCCGUUUGAUAGAAACUUUGGCACCAAGAUCGCUGCCAAGGCCGUGCAGUGGCUCUCCAAACGCCUCAAGGAUUUCUACAGAGAGGGCCGUGUGUUUGCCAACACUGAUGACUCAGCCUGCCUGCUGGGGAUGAGACGCAGAGCCUUGGUGUUCCAGCCCGUGACACAGCUCAAGGAAGAGACCGACUUUGUCCACCGUAUUCCCAAGGAGCAGUGGUGGCUGAAGCUCCGCCCCCUGAUGAAGAUUCUGGCCAAAUAUAAAACGAGUUAUGACAUCACCGACUCUGGCCAGCUGGAGCACGUGACCCGCCCCCGAGCACGAGACACCGAGAUCGCCAUCACCAUCUGAGAGAGAGAGAGAGAGAGAGAGGGAUGAGAGAGAAGGGAAUGGG